CCCGCCUUGCAUGGCUACAGGAAGCGCCUCCACCUUACCUAGAGAUUUGCCAGUGUUUAGAAAAAAGAAGUAAGGCCGAAGUUAAAUCGAAUGAUUUGAUCGAAGACAUCCGCAACAGUUUCUGCCAGUUUGGUGUAAAACCUGUGUCGACUGUGGUUUGAUAAGAAGAACCAAGUGAAAAACAUGAUUUCGUUCAUGCACUAAAUGUAGCAGUGUAGCCUGCUAACGUUAAAUAAAACGUAAAGACACGUGGGAGCCUGUGCUGUGUUGUUGACCACUGGAAUGUCUUGUUGACUGAAAUCUUGUCUCAUUGAAUAUCAGACCAUGGCCCAGGGCAGUGGGGUCCAGUACGAGCCAGUGGCAGAGAUUGGAGGGGGUGCGUACGGAACGGUGUACAAGGCUCGGGACCUGGAGAGUGGCCAGUUUGUUGCUCUGAAGAGUGUUCGCGUCCAGACGGACCAAGAUGGCCUCCCUAUCUCCACGGUCCGAGAAGUGGCCCUGCUGAAGAGACUGGAGCAGUUUGAUCAUCCGAACGUGGUCAAGCUCAUGGACGUGUGUGCCACCCUGAGGACAGAUCAGGAGACUAAAGUCACCCUGGUAUUUGAACACGUGGACCAGGACCUGAAGACCUACCUAGAGAAGGCCCCCGCCCCAGGACUGCCCCCCAGCCACAUCAGAGACCUGAUGCGUCAAUUGCUGUGCGGCCUGUCAUUCCUACACUCGAACCGUGUGGUACACCGGGACCUGAAGCCAGAGAACAUCCUGGUCACCAGCCGUGGUCAGGUUAAGCUGGCCGACUUUGGACUGGCCAGGAUCUACAGUUGCCACAUGGCCCUUACCCCUGUGGUGGUGACUCUGUGGUACAGGCCUCCUGAGGUCCUGCUCCAGUCCACCUACGCCACGCCGGUGGACAUCUGGAGCACGGGUUGCAUCUUUGCUGAGAUGUUCCGACGCAAACCGUUGUUCUCUGGAGACUCUGAAAUGGACCAACUGGGAAAGAUAUUCAAUGUGAUUGGCCUGCCACCCAUGGAGGAGUGGCCUGCUGAUGUCACCCUCUCACGACACAACUUCAGUCCUAUCAGCCCCCGCCCAAUCACAGACUACGUUCCUGAGAUCAAUGAGCAGGGGGCAGAGCUGCUUUUGAAAAUGCUAACCUUUGACCCUCUAAGAAGAAUCUCUGCCCUAAACGCUCAAGAACAUCCUUACUUCCAGGAGGAUGAGGAGGAAGUGACAAAUGGUUGAAAUGCAGUGAAUGACAUCGAAGGAUGGGACCGUGAGGAAUGGUAACCCUGACUCCAUUUUGGUGUAUAUUGUCAUUCAGUGCAUUUCAGGCCAGAUCCCUCUUGUGGUUCCUUUAAAAAAAAAAAAAUACUACAGAAGCCAGUUGCACCCCUUGAGAAUGUAUAGGAGUAGAGAAGUGGAGUUCAAGGACCAACAUGGAUAUGAACCUGAAGAAGGAUUGACUCCCCUCACCUUCCUCAAAUGAAUUCUCCAACCUGGUCUCAUAGACUAGACGUAACAUAAUAAACUUAAAAACGAGACACUCAAAUUAGUAUGAUAUAUUAUGUUUGGUAUGGUUACAUAAGACCGGUGGUUAUUUAAAAUCUUGUCACUGACAACUUUUGAGCUAAUUGGCAACUUUUCAACUCCUUGCUACUUUGCAUGUUAGUUAACCUUUCCACCUACCCUUCUCCAACUCCUAAACUUAACCCUAACCCCUAGCCAAGCUAACAUUAGCCACGUAGAUAUAAUUCUUAACAUAUCAUACAUUUUGCAAAUUCGUAACAUUUUAUUUGAAGUCCACAAAUUAAUUCAUACCAUAUGAAACGUGACUCAUCAUAUUAAAUGGAGUGUCUCAGUUUUACGUACAGAAUUAUACGAAAUGCUCUGAGACCAGGUUGCAAACACACAUACAACAUGGAAUAACUGUCCUCCUGUGUGGUUAUUUUAAUAUUAUAGUUUAAAGAUCCAAUGCAUACAUUUUUAUUACAAUAUCAAAUAUUUUCUGUUUAACAAUUGAAGUACCUUGCUGUGAUAUUUUUCUACCAAAAAUUUAAGCAAAAAUUUUGCUAGGACUGUCAGUAGUGUGAGUGGGGAUGGGAAAACUGAAAAGUAGCUGUUAUUGGCAGAGAGAUUUGGAACAUUUUCUUAUUGGUCGAAUUUACCACCGAGUGAUGUCGCCAGGUAGGCCAAAAUUCCAUUCCACCAAAAAAGGCUGACAUUUCAGGCUCUUACUUUCAUAGCUCUUACACUAAAAGGGCAUUAUUAUUUUCACACUUUCACAGUAUUAUUCCAACCUCUGUGUGGAAAUAUAUAUAUAUAUAUACACACACACACACACAGUGACAAGAAAAAGUAUGUCGAACCCUUUAGAAAUACCUGGAUUUCUGCAUAAAUUGGUCUUAACAUUUGAUCUGAUCUAUCUCGGUCACAACAAUAGACAAACAGUCUGCUUAAACUAAUAACACAAUUAUACGUUUUCAUGUCUUUAUUGAACAUACCGUGUAAACAUUCACAGUGCAGGGUGGAAAAAGUAAGUGAACCCUUGGAUUUAAUAACUGGUUGACCCUCCUUUGGCAGCAUUAACCUCAACCAAACGUUUUCUGUAGUUGCGGAUCAGACCUGCACAACGGUCAGGAACAAUUUUGGACCAUUCCUCUUUACAGAACUGUUUAAGUACAGCAAUAUUCUUGGGAUGUCUCAAUCAGGUUGAGUUCAGGACUCUGGGCUGUUCCAAAAGGCAUAUUUUCUUCUGUUGAAGCCAUUCUGUUGUUUGAUUUACUUCUGUUUUGGGUCGUUAUCCUGUUGAUUCACCCAACUUCUGUUGAGCUUCAAUUGGUGGACAGAUAGCCUAACGUUAUUCCUGCAAAAUGUCUUGAUAAACUUGGGAAUUCAUUUUUCCAUCGAUGAUAGCAAGUUGUUCGGGCCCUGAGGCUACAAAGCAGCCCCACACCAUGAUGCUCCCUGCACCAUACUUUAUAGUUGGGAUAAGGUUUUGAUGUUGGUGUGCUGUGCCCUUUUCUCCACACAGUGUUGUGUGUUCCUUCCAAACAACUCAACUGUAGUUUAAUCUGUCCACAGAAUAUUUUGCCAGUGGCGCUGUGGGACAUCCAGGUGUACUUUUGCAAACUUCAGACGUGCAGCAAUGGUGUCGUUUUUUUUGGACAGCAAUGGCAUCUUCUGUGGUGUCUCCCAUGAACACCAUUCUUGUUUAGUGUUUUAUGUAUCUUAGACUUGUCAGAUGUUGGCAUGUUCCAGAGAUUUCUGUAAGUCUUUAGCUGACACCAGGAUUCUUCUUAACCUCAUUGAGUAUUCUGCACUGUGCUCUUGCAGUCCUCUUUGCAGGAUGUCCACUCUUAGGAAGAGUAGCAACAGUGCUGAACUUUCUCCAUUUAUAGACAAUUUGUCUUACCUUGGACUGAUGAACAUCAAGGCUUUUAGAGAUACUUUUGUAACCCUUUCCAGCUUUAUCGAAGUCAACAAUUCUUAAUCUUAGGUCUUCUGAGAUCUCUUUUGUUUGAGGCAAGGUUCACAUUAGGCAAUGCUUCUUGUGAAUAGCAAACUCAAAUUUUGUGAGUGUUUUUAUAGGGCAGGGCAGCUCUAACCAACAUCUCCAAUCUCAUCUCAUUGAUUUUACUCCAGGUUAGCAGACUCCGAUGAGCUUUUGGAGAAGUCAUUAGCCUAAGGGGUUCACAUACUUUUUCCAACCUGCACUGUGAAUGUUUAAACGAUGUAUUCAAUAUAGACAAGAAAAAUACAAUCAUUUGUGUUAAGUUAAGCACACUAUUUUUCUCUGUUGUGAUUUAGAUAAAGAUCAGAUCAAAUUUGAUGACCAAUUUAUAUAGAAAGCCAGGUAAUUCCAAAGGGUUCACACACUUUUUCUUGCCACUGUGUGUACACACACAACACUGGAAAAUCACUGACUGUACUGGGCCUUCAUUUUUUUUUUUUUAGUGCACAUGGAAGGACACGCUAGCUAAGUGGCAUUUGUUGAACAUGUUUACGGGCCAAAUAAUGUGUUGUUCUGUACUAAGUAUCCCUCCCUUUCAUUCCAAGAACACCUUGCAAUGUUUAAGUGCUGCAAAGACUAAUAAAGCUGCUCCAAUCAUCAACUAAAA